UUUUUUUUUUUUUUUUUUUUGUUUCCAUCUGCUUUUGUUUCAAUGAGUGACUCUGCUGUCGCUGCCGCUGCGCCACCGCCGCCCGAAUCAGCCACAUCCGCCGAGCGCGAACACGAACGCGACCACUCGUCAUCCUCAUCGCGACGAGAUCAAGACCGCGACCGAGACCGCGACCGGGACCGCGACCGAGACCGGGACCGCGACCGAGACCGCGACUAUCGCUCGAGCAGCAGCAGUCGUCGCUCGCGCUCUCACUCACGAUCCCGCUCACGCUCGCCAGAUUCCCACCGCCAUCGCUCGUCGUCGAGCCGAUAUUCGUCGUCGUCGAGCCGCCACUCGUCAUCACACAGGAGCUCGCGCGAUGACGACCGGGACAGCCGGGACCGCGAUCGAGACCGCUCCCGCGACAGCUCGCGCCGCUCGCGCGAUCGCAGCCGCAGUGCAUCCCCUCGCCGCUCAUCCUCGUUGUCGUCGCGGCCUGGAGCAGGCGGAGCCGAUGCCGCGCCGCCGGCUGCAGAGACGAAGGCGCCAGAGUUCGUUGUCGACCAGUUUGGUGUGCCGCUCACCCGUGAAGAACAGGAAAUCCGAAUGGCCGCCGAGCGCGACGAGCGACUCAAGAACACGGUCAUUGUGCACCAACUGCCCACCAAUGUCCGCAAGCACGAGAUUGAACAGGUCUUUAGUGAGUGUGGCGAGAUUCGCGAUGUCGCCAUCCAGUCCGACCGUGCGCGCGGUCGUGCUGGUGGUGUUGCGUAUGUCGAGUUUAAGGACUUUGCCGCCGUGUCGAAGGCGAUGGGUCUGUCUUCGCGCCGCAUUGACAAUAUCCCCAUGCUCGUGCAGGCAACCAAACCCGCUGCUGCGGCCCUCGCCAUGAUGGGUGCCAACGCUGGCGGUGUUUCCAACACGCCGGCGGCGAUUGCGCGCCCCGUGACCCUCAACCCGAACAGCGCAGCCUACAACAUUGCCACCUACCAGAUGAACUCGGGGAUGACCGUCCAGAACGUUUACCACACCAUGCCGCUGCACUCGUCUGCAGUCCACUCGGCUCCACUCCCCGCCGCCCCCUUGGGCACCGCAGCCAUCGCUAUGGCCGCCAAGCAGCAGACACGCGUCUACGUCGGCUCGCUUGACUUUGCUCUGACCGAGGCGGAUGUCAAGAGUCUGUUCUCGCCUUGUGGCGAGGUGAUUAGCGUCACGCUCAACCGUGACAAUGGCAAGUCAAAGGGAUACGCCUUUGUCCAGUUUGCGGAUGCCGGAGCCGCAAAGCUUGCUAUGGAAUUGAACGGUGUGGAAGUUGCAGGCCGCCCGUUGAAGGUCAACUUUGCCACAGAUCCUGAAGGCCGUUUCCUGAAUGCGCCAAACGCUGGCCCGCCAAUGGGCAUGCCUCCGAUGGGUCUGCCUCCGAUGGGCAUGCCUCCGAUGGGUCUGCCUCCGAUGGGUCUGCCUCCGAUGGGUCUGCCUCCGAUGGGUCUGCCGCCGAUGGAUGCCAAUCCCACAGCCGACCUCUCGAAUGUGGCCAUUGAAACGCAGUUUUUGCUCCUCAAGAACAUGUUUGAUCCUGCGCAAGAACGGGAUCCCGAGUGGCAACUCGACAUUCGCGACACCGUGUUGGACGAAUGCGUCAAGCAUGGCUCUGUCACUCAUAUUUUCGUGGAUGCAAACUCUCCUGGUUUUGUGUUUAUCAAGUUCUCCUCCGUGGAAGCAUGUAUUGCCGUCCAACGCACCAUGCACGGCCGAUGGUUUGCGGGCAAGCUCAUCACUGCCGAUUACGUUCCAGAGCCAAUGUACCACGCACGAUUCCCAGAAAGCCGCGAUGCCACAGUAGCACUGCAGCCAUCGAGCUAGUGCCUUGGUGGUUUAUUUUUCUUGUCUUUCAGGCCUUUCUGUUGUGCUGUUAUUUCGGUCGUUCUUGGCUAUUCGCUCUUCCGGUGUUUGUUUGCUCACCUCGAUCCUCUGUUUGUUUUUCUUCUUUUCUUUGCGUUGACCUUAUAAAAGUUGUUACCUUAGCUGGAUUUCUUGGUGUUGACUCUGCCAGGCCACCCAUGGUCGACACACUAGAUCCCGAGUGAAGAAAGUAUUGCGCGUUGUUGCAAAUGUGUGGAAGUUGACGACGAUUUUUUUUUUCUUCUUUUAUCAAAAACGGUGCACUCUGAAUUCUGCGCAGAAUCAAGCCAACUCCUCCAUCGCUGUCUGGACGCUCUACACAUGCAUUCGCAAUCACCUUUCAUACCUCGUCCUUGAGUCUCAACGUGAGCACAGUGAACGAUUGCACGGGGGAAUACCGGACAGGAAUAACGUUGCUCGUCACGUCCUUGGCGAUGAAAGGCCAUCUCGAACUCGAAAUAUACAUCUGUAGAUCUACA